AUGCCGCAAAGUUACCGCAAAGUGACUCAUGGAAACGAGCCGGCGGACUGGGUUUUGUUUACACUCUUGGGGUCACCUGUGGAGGACGUGUCUCAGCCCGGGCUGACGGUUUCUGUUCUGCAGGAGGCCGUGACGGCGCUCAGCGGCGGCGGGGGUCACACGGCGGCCGUCACAGAAAAUGGAGAGGUGUUUGUGUGCGGACAGAAUCACAGAGGCCAGCUGGGACUUGGCCACAAUGCAGACGUCUCAACUCUUCAACUCUGCCCCAGUCUGAAUCAGAGGGUCACAAAAGUAGCCUGUGGUUGGGAUUUUACUCUUCUGCUCAACGAUUGUGGUCGAGUACUAGCAUGUGGAUCAAAUGCUUAUGGACAACUAGGUGUUGGACAAAACAUCACACACUCUGCAGAUCUACUGGUCAUUGAGAGUCUGGAGGAGCCAGUGGUGAGUGUAGCAGCAGGACUCAGACAUUCGCUAGCUGCUACUGACUCAGGCUGUGUAUAUCAGUGGGGUAUUGGUCUUUUCAGUCAUGCUAGGAGAGCACUCAGUCCACGUCCUGUCCCUUCACACCUCAGCUCUACGGUGCCCUCUCUGGUACCAGGUCUGGAUAAGAAGACCACACACAAGGUGACUGCAGGCUCAGCGCACUGUGUGUGCCUUACAGGAGACGGGGAUUUGUUUCUGUGGGGAAGCAACAAGCGUGGCCAGCUGACUGCUACAGAGCCCUUCCUGUCCUCUCCAACUCUUGUGAAGCGCUCACUGCUGGGAAAAGAGAAAGUUAUCAAUGUGUGGAGCGGCUGGACGCACAUUGUUGCUCAAACAGAGAGUGGGAGAGUGUUUACAUGGGGCAGAGGAGAUUAUGGGCAACUGGGCCGACAAGCAUCGACCAGUCAGAACUCAAAGUGGCCAUCGACUGAUCCCUCAGCAGACGUUGGAAACCAGGAAGCUUGCCUCCCUGCAGAAGUUAAAGUCCUCCGUGGAGCGACACAGAUUGCAUGCGGAUCUGAACAUAACCUCGCUAUUGUAGGCGGGUGUCUCCUCUCCUGGGGCUGGAACGAACACGGGAUGUGUGGAGACGGUUCACAGAGCGACGUCUGUCAGCCACAGCUCGUUUCUGGUCUCAGACCCGUUCUCAUUGGCUGUGGAGCUGGACACUCUAUAGCAAUGUGCGCUGCGACGACCGACUUAAGACAAAACUCUGCAACGACUCCUACUCACUGACCUCGGACCAGGAACAUUUAUUCAUCAUGAGUCAAUCAGAGACGAGAAUUGAUUCACAAUUUUUUUGAAUUAUCUGACUGAUAAAGUGGCUUAUUGGUGCUCUUAUUGUGCCUUAUACUGUAACUUUCACCUUCUAAUAGGCGACUCGAGCUCAUUUUAAAAGAUCAGGCUUCAAACUGCAGUUGUCAUAAAUACUGAUGUUUUUGGUUGGACACAGACUGAGUUAUGUUACAUGUGGACAGAGGCCAUCAUUUCUCUGACCAGCCUCUUACUUUGAUGGACGUGAUUUGGGCUGAUGGCUUUGCAGCACAUGGCCACGCCUAAGGCUCCUGGUCCACCUGCCAGAAGGAAGCCGUUAUGGAUCAUGUGAGGAAUGGGCAGGACUGGUGCUAGAGCUCCAUCUUCCCAUGUCAGCAGUUUUAUUGCUGUGAUAUUGAGUGUCAGAACGCAGUCAAUCUCUGCAGUUCAUACUGAAAAUCUCUUGGUCAUCUCAUGAUUUACCACUCACACAGUAAGUGCAGU